AUGAGCUAUCCCGAAUCAGGCAGUCUAGCUGAUGGUAUCUCCUACGACAAUCACGAAGAGGUGGGAUAUGACGAGCUCAACAACGAACUUAGCCCUGUUUCUGCCAAGACUGUAGCGCAACAUGUGGCGGCUCAUUUACACGUGCUCAUGCUUCUUACCAUUCGUCUGGCUUCUCUACAAACGGAAACAGCAAUACCGGAGAGUGAGAUAGAGAGCGAUGUUGUCGAUGUUGAUCAAGAUGACAUGUUCUCCCGCGGACAUGAUUUUGAGUCGGAACACAUUUCGAAUAUUGAUUCUAUGCAAGCCGCGGAUGUACAAACUACAGAGAGCCCUCCACUAUACAGAUAUGGUGAUAUGGCGCGGGCCAGUCAACAACAGGUCACCAUUCCCGAUCUUGAAUUGGACGUUGAUUGGGACAGCAUUCCUCGCUGUUAUGAGCGCCUGGCGGAAAAGGACGAGUUUCUACAGGGAAUCAUUAAAUUGGGAGCCUGCCAGUCACACUUUGAGGAACCCACCAAUUUGGCACUCGUCAUGAUGAUCCUUCGAAUUACCAAAAGCAUCAUGAAUAUCUGCAGUCUUUACAUCCAAGAAGUCAAUGUUAAUGUUCAGGUCGAUAUCGCCGCCUUACAAAAGACAGUUUCGGAACUGGAGCAGAUUCUCGGGAAGCAGAAAGAAGUUCUUAAAAGCCCCAGAGAAAUCAAGCUGCCAAACUCUUUGCAGCUAGCUGAUGACAUUACCGAAUGCCUCUUCGAGCUCGAAUCCCUAGAAAAAAAGAUUACGCCAAAGGCCGGGACUUCAAUCAAGCCAGGCCAAAAGAUUCAAAGCUUGAAAUGGCCGCUCCGACGAACAGAAAUGAAUAUAAUUAUCAUGGAUCUGCAAGGAUACAAGAUACCCUUCACCAUAUUUCUGCAGAUCAACCAAGAAGCUCUCUCCACCAGCUCUGUGCCCAGUGCAGAUCAUGCCAUUCAGAGUCCGCAUCUCGCCCAAUUGCCAUUCGCGCCUGAGGCUUUAUUUGACUCACAUAAGAACAUAAUGGCCGAAUGUUGUCUCCCGGGCACCAGAACUAGGCUCCUUCAUUCAAUCAUGGAUUGGCUGAUGUCGCGGAAGGGUAAACAGAUAUUCUGGCUGAAUGGCAUGGCUGGAACAGGUAAAUCUACCAUUUCAAGAUCUGUGGCAAAGUCCUUAAAAGACACAAAUCUUUUGGGGGCGAGCUUUUUCUUCAGUGGGGGCAGAGAAAAUUCAACUAUGUUCUUUCCGACACUUGCAAGGCAAUUAGUACAGAUCAUUCCAGGGCUGGGCUCUAGCGUGCACAAGAUAAGCCUCGAAGAUCCUCAAAUAGCUUCAAGAUCGCCCGAGGAGCAAUUUAAAAUAUUACUCCUUGAGCCACUGCUCGAGCUUGAUCAACUCAAUGAGCAACAGCCCCGAUUCGCUGUGAUUGUGAUCGAUGCUUUGGAUGAAUGCGAGAAUAGUUCAUACGUUCAAAAAAUACUCCAAUUGUUAUCUCUUCUACAGAAGGUCAACAACCGCAUACACCUUCGGAUAUUCUUGACCAGCAGGCCAGAAUUGCCAAUCCAACUUGGGUUGUCAAGUGUCAAGAACCAAGCUCUUCAGGAUAUAGCACUUCAUGAGAUCUCCUCUGAGGAGAUCAAACAUGAUAUAGGUCUAUUCUUGAAGGAACGCUUUACAGGGAUUAGAAACAUGAGAAACCUCCCUGAAGACUGGCCUGGCGAUAACGUCAUCCAGGAUUUAGUGACGAUGUCAUCCCCAUUGUUCCUCUACGCUGCUACUAUAUGCCGACUCAUCGAGGACCCGGAUUGGGAUCCCCAAGAAACAUUGGCAGGCCUGAUUUCGGACCAAGCCCGCUACACAAGCAUAACAGAUAGAACAUAUCUACCCAUCCUCACUCGCCUACUGGACGAUCAAGAUGAGCCAGGACAGCAACAGCUUCUACAAGAGUUCCAGAAAAUAGUCGGGGUCAUCGUCCUCCUUGCUGCUCCGCUUUCUAUAAAUUCACUAUCGGUGUUUCUUGAGAUAGAUGCAGACCAGAUCAGCAAUCGAUUAGUCACACUCCAGUCUGUUCUCAUUGUCCCCAGUGAUCGGGAACGACCUAUUAAUAUGCUGCACCUAUCUUUUCGAGACUUUUUGAUCCAAACCAAAAGCAAAUUUCUUGUGGAUGGAUUAAGAACGCAUCAAGAAAUUGCUCACAUGUGCCUGAAAACCAUGCAACGCUAUUUACGGAAGAAUAUCUGCCACUUAAAAAGUCCUGGAACGCAUCGGGGAGUUAUCGAUUCUCUGUAUCUUCACCAACAUGUACCACCAGAGCUUAUGUACUCUUGUCGUUACUGGGUACACCAUCUAGAACACAACAAUUUCUCUCUUUCUGAGAUAGAACGCGUGGAAACAUUCCUACAGACGUACUUCCUAUAUUGGGUGGAAGUCAUGAGCCUACUAGGUCUCAUAUCAGACGUGGUGGAGAUGCUUAACAUCCUCCAGAGAAUAUCGACAGGUGCCCGCACAAUAUCCAAGAUUCUAUAUGAUGCAAAGCGUUUCGUCCUUCAAAAUCUCGAGGUAGCCAAUGAGGCGCCCCUUCAACUCUAUUGCUCAGGACUAAUAUUUGCACCUCAAACGUCAAUGGUCCGCAGACAGUUCAAAUUCGAGCUUCCUAGUUGGAUAUCGCAAUUGCCACAAGUUGAGCAUGAAUGGAGUGCAGAAAUACUGGCUCUAGAGGGCCACCUUGGUCCGGUGCAAUCGGUGGCCUUCUCUCCCGAUGGCCAGCUACUAGCGUCUGGCUCUGAUGAUAAUAAUGUGCGGCUCUGGCACGCAGCCACAGGCACACUGCAGCUGACCCUUGAUGGCCACCUGGGUCCGGUUCAAUCGGUAGCCUUUUCUUCUGAUGGCCGGCUACUAGCGUCUGGCUCUGAUGAUAAGACGGUGCGGCUCUGGGACAUAGUGACGGGUGCUCUGCAGCAUAUAUUCGAGUCAGAGUCUGGUCCAGUUCAAUCGGUGGCCUUCUCUCCAGACGGCCGGGUGCUAGCAUCUGGCUCUGGGGAUAAGGUAGUACUACUCUGGGACGUACAGACAGGCUCCCUGCUGCUGAAUCUUAAGGACCACUUGGGUCCGGUUCGAUCGGUGGCCUUCGCUCCCGAUCGCAGGCUGCUAGCAUCUGGUUCUGAUAGGGUUGUGCGGCUCUGGGACACAAAGACGGGCGUUCUGCAGCAAACUCUCGAGGCAGAAUCUGGUCCAGUUCAAUCGGUGGCCUUCUCUCCAGACAGCCGGCUGCUAGCAUAUGGCUCGGAGGAUAAGGUAGUAAAAAUUUGGGACGUAGCGACAGGCACCCUACAGCUGACCCUUGAGGGCCACCUCGGUCCGGUUCAAUCAGUAGCCUUCUCUCCCGAUGACCAGCUACUAGCGUCUCACUCUAACAAGAUGGUGUGGCUGUGGAACAUAGCCACGGGUACUCUGCAGCAGGCUUUCGAGGGCCACUUGGGUCCUGUCCAGUCGGUGGCCUUCUCUCCAGACAGCCGGCUGUUAGCAUCGGGCUCUGAUGAUAAGAUGGUGCGGCUCUGGGAUCUAACGAGGCCGACGGGCCCCGGACAACAGACUUCCGAGAGUCAUGCUAGUCCGAUUCAGUCGAUGGUCUUCUCUCCCGAUGGCCAGCUAUUGGCGUCUGGCUCUAAUGGGCAGGUGCAAGUAUGGAACACGGCGACGGGUGCCCUUCAAGAUGUUUUUCAUAUUGAGGGAAUUGUCACUGAACUCGAUUUCUCUCUGGACGCUUCAUACCUCCGCACCAACUUAGGAUCGAUCAGGACUAAUCAUAGCUUUACACGGGAAACGGGUGUUAUGGCUUCCACCGCGGGCUAG